CUGUUACAAUACGAGUCUUGGGUCUGUAUAGUGUCCUACAUAGGGAGCAUGGAGUUGCUAAACUUACGCUAUUCUUAAACCCUACAUAGGGAGCAAGAGGAGUGCGUAAUGUGUUAUUGAGACGUACCCACCCUGCCGUGGUGAAGAUCCAGGCCAGUAGAGGGAGUGUUGGUGUAAUUCUUCUUCAGCUCGAGAGAAGAAGUAGAUUUGAGCGCGGGCUUUGGAAAUGGCGGAGAACGGAGACAGUAGUGACGUGGGAACCUUUUCGUCUGAAACUCUGAAGCUGUAUGAGGCACAGUACUUCGGCUUCACUCCACAGACCUGCAUGAUGAGGGUGAACAGCGCCUUUCAGGACUGCUUGUAUGAGAUGCUGGCGGUCGUGGAGUCUGUGUUUGUGCGGAAGCUGUCCCAAGGUAAAGAUCCGCCGGAGGAGCUUCAGCUUAAAACGCGAGAGUGCACACAGAAGCUGCUCCGGUUCUUGCAGGAACGCUUUAAGAAGCUGUCUAGUCGCAUGGAAGCUCUGCUGGUGAACAGUGUUCUUUGUGUCCCUGAAAACCUCCUGCUGCCGGAAGACGAGUCCCACAGGAAGUAUCCGCAAAGCCAGGAACAGCUUUUAAAGCUGGAGGCUUCGAUCACGAACCUGCAGUCCUCUUACCAGGCUGAGGUGUGCGCCAGACAAGCGCUACUGGCUGAACUGGAGGAGCAGAAACAGACACAGGAGCAGCUGGAUGAGGUGCUGAGAUGGACCGAGGAGCUGCGCUUGGCUUGGAAACAGGAAGGCAUGGGAAAUGUGCGCGACAGCUUCCGGCAUAUGGUUGAGACUGUGAACCAACUGCAGAGCGUUAUGGGGAAGAUCAGAAAGAAGAGCAAAUCUCUAGAUGACGUGUGAGAUUCUGUGUUGUCUUGUGCCUUUGUUGUUGAUAGGAGCCCUGUCCCAUACCGUCUGUCCGUACAUUCACUGUGCACACAUGGCACUUCUUGAGAUUUUGAAAUGGUGCUAGUUGUGUAGUGACUCAGUUCAUCCACAAGGUGGAGCCAGUGGCACAGUCUACUUUUGCCACUUUCUCUGAUGGGAAAUCGUACUACAGCGAUCUGUCCGAGGCGAAGCAUCACAUUUGUAAGCAAGGGCAUUCCUUGCUGACAUUUGAAAUGCGGUCAAGCAGUUGAACACGCACACACAUUCACGCUAUUCUGAGUACACACUCUUCAUAGAAUCUCUCACUUUGAAGUUCAGUGCAAUGAGGUCUGCAUUGGAUGAGAUGAAAUUUCCCACAGGCCCAAACCUAUGGGCUCUCUUUCUUGUUCAAAGUCAGAGGGCUCUUCGCGUAAAUAAGGGUCAGCUCUGUUCGACUUCUCUUUUCCCGUAGCCUGAAGGGAAAACAUUUUGUACUGCAACUGUACAUACUUUUAUUUGAUGAGCCUGACUGUUGUUCUAACAGUUAACACUGCUCAGUUGUUUACUUGUUAUAUUCCGAAAUCAAUAAAAAUGAGUUAAUUUGAUAUAAAUCUAA